CCGAGGCCGGCACCAUGUCGGAGCUGGAGCAGCUGCAGCAGCGCGACAUCCCGGCCGGGCGGCAGGUCCUGCGCGACCACCACUGCAACCUCCUCAGGGUGGCCGACUACUGCGAGAGCAACUACCUGCAGGCGAGCGACAAGCGGAAGGCGCUGGAGGAGACGAUGGCGUUGACCACGCAGUCCCUGGCCAGCGUGACCUACCAGGUCAGCAGCCUGGCCACCGCCUUCCUCCGGCUGCUGGACCUGCAGGCGGCCGAGCUGCGGAAGGUGGAGGCCGACAUCAGCUGCGUGGCCCAGAGGGUUGACAUGCACAAGGAGAAGGUGUCUCGCCGGGAGAUCGGCUCGUUGACCGUCAGCAAGAGGUUCCUGUCCUACCAGAAGAUCGUGCCCCCCCCCAACCCACCCUCCCUGGAGCCCUACUACAGGAAACCCCUCAACUUCAGCGUCCUGGACGACAUUGGCCAUGGCAUAAAGUGGCCCCUGCUCCCCACAAAGCCCUUCAUCCCAUGGAUUUUGGGGGGUUUUGUAGCCCCUGAUGACCUUGAGCCGCCGCCACCACCUGCUUUGCCCAACUUUGAGGACUUGGCCCCACCACCACCACCACCCCCUGCCGCAGAGGACCCCCCCUGGGCCCCAGAGAACUACCUGGAGAAAGUGGUGACCCUCUACCCCUACACGCGGCAGAAGGACAACGAGCUCUCCUUCCAGCCCGGCACCCUCCUCUUCGUCACGCGGCGCUACUCGGACGGCUGGUGCGAGGGUGUGAUGGGCGAGGAGGCGGGUUUCUUCCCCGGCAAUUACGUGGAGCCCUGCUGAGCCCCGGGGCUGGCAGCCCCCCCGGCAUCCCCCAGACCCCCCAGCUCGGCCACAUCCUGCUCCUCCUCGGGAAGGGCUCUGCUUUGCCUUUUCACCUUGGUUUUGCACUGCACUGGUGGCAGCCGGGCUGGGUACCACUGCUGGGUACAGGUGCUGGGUACCACUGCUGGAACCCCUGCAUCCUCCAGCAUCCCCAGAGCAUCCCCUGGCCCCCAGCUCGGCCACAUCCUGCUCCUCCUCGGGAAGGGCUCUGCUUUGCCUUUCUGCCUUGGCUUUGCACUGCCAGGGGCAGCUGGACUGGGUACAGGUGGUGGGUACAGGUGGUGGGUACCACUGCUGGGACCCCUGCAUCCCAGCAGCCUCCAGAGCAUCCCCCUGCCCGCCCUCCCCUCUCCCUUUUCUAUAUGUUUUUAAUGACAGCAGCACUGGCUGCUGCUGGUGCCGGGGAGGUUCAGCACCAG